AUGCAGUGGCGCAAGGGACCGGAAGUGUCACAGGCUACCAGGACAUCCUUUGCUCGUCUCUUCACCAUGGUACAUGCAGAGCACACAGCUGGCAGUGUCGUCACCCAUGCCACUUCGUUGCUUUCCAGCGCCUGGUGCGACCCGUUCACCGCUUAUGCAGCAGGCAUCCUAGGCUUUGCUGGCCCUCUUCAUGGACGUGCCAAUCAAGAGUUCAUUUGCAUGCUGCGCGACUUGCCAGGCAUUCACUCGGGAAAAAGCAUCAUGUGGAGAGUGCCUGCUGAGGAGGCCUUGAAGCAGUGGGUGUCGCAGCGCUUGUCGGAUGGAAAGAUGAUGUAUGGGUUCGGCUGUAAGCAUCCAUACCCUGACCCCCGCUAUACGAUCAUGGUUGAGUUCGCAAAGAAGCACAAACUGGCGGAGAAGUCGUCGCUGGUCGCCCUUGCGUGCCAUCUUGGGCAGGAGCUGCCUCCUAUUCUGCAGAAGCUUAGUAGAGCUGUGCAGCCUUUUCCGAACCCCGAUGCCAUUAGUGGCGUCUUGCUGCAAGAGUGCAUGGGCAUCGGGCCCGAGGAGCAGCAUCCAGCCUUGCUUGCGCAAUCUCGUGCCAUUGGUGCUUUGGCAGCAGCUUCUUAG